UCUUAUCAGUUACACAUAGAUAUCGGUCCAGUCAUAUCGCCACUCUCCCGUCAGCUCGGCCCCCAACGACCCGCAUCCUUUCGGAUAUCUUCCGAAACGACCACCCUAAACCGGGUGCAACGACAUCACUCACAUCAGAAACGUGCAUAUCAUCACACAAACCUAACCCAUCCAAUCCAUUCAACAUGAUCACCCCCAUCACCAUCCCCAUAUUAUCCUCACCCUCACCCUCAUCCUCGCCAAGCCCCAACUCAGAAACCCAACCCGCGGCUCCCAACCUCGAAAUCCACCCCCUCCCCUCUCACACCUCCGGCCUUCUCCUCCGCGUCAUCCCCCCUCCAUCCCCUCCCAACUUCCAAAAUGGAAACCCGGACUUCCACCAUGUCCCCUGCGACAUCGUCCUAGCCAUCGACGUCUCAGGCAGCAUGUCGGCCGACGCCCCGGUGCCCACCACCACCACCACUUCUUCUUCAGACUACACAAACGAACAACAGCCAGAACACAACGGCCUCUCAGUCCUAGACCUAGUCAAGCACGCCGCGCGCACCAUCGCCUCCACGCUCAACUCGUCCGACCGCCUAGGCAUCGUCACCUUCUCCACCGAGGCCAAAGUCCUGCAACCCUUGAUACCGAUGACGGCGCUCAACAAGAAGAAAACAGAGAGGAAUCUGGGGGGGAUGCAACCUUCUAGCGCGACGAAUUUGUGGGGAGGGAUAGUGGAGGGGUUGAAACUUUUUGGUUCUACUGAAAGUGGGAGUACCACCGGAAGGGUGCCGGCCCUGAUGGUCCUGACGGAUGGCAUGCCGAAUCACAUGUGUCCGGCGCAGGGGUACGUGGCGAAGCUGAGGGCGAUGGAAAGGUUGCCGGCGGCGAUUCAUACGUUUGGGUUUGGGUAUAGUUUGCGGAGUGGGCUGUUGAAGAGUGUGGCGGAGAUUGGAGGGGGUGGUUACUCGUUUAUUCCGGAUGCGGGGAUGAUUGGUACUGUGUUCGUUCAUUCGGUUGCGAACCUCCAGUCGACGUUUGCGAACAAUGUCGUCUUACGCCUUACCUACCCCAAGUACUUGGGUCUCAAGGAGACGACGGGGCAGUCGGUGGACAAGGUAGAGCCUGUCGAGCUCGAAAAGGGGGAUGUUGACCAAGGCUCCCAGCUCGAAAAGAGGGAUGAUGACGAAGGCUCCUCAAUGCAGCUUACCCUCAAUCUUAGCACCCUUCAAUACGGCCAGUCACGCGACAUCUUCCUCCGUUACGACAGCAAAGCGCAGGAAGCUAUAACCGACGGGUUCGACUUCGAAUCCCCUCCCUCAGUGCUUGCCACGCUCGACUACCAACACUUCACCAACAUCACCAACACCCUCAUUUCCGAAUGCGAAGACAUCUUCCGACCCAAUCCCCAAGUCAAGCAGCUCACCCCCGCGCAAACCGCCUACCACGUCUCCCGCUCCGCCCUCAUCUCCUUCCUCUCCUCCCUCUACCCCCUCCGCCGCGACGGCGAACACCAACCGCGCUUUUUCGCCCGCAGCCUCGCCACCUCCCUGCAAUCCCUCCUUUCCACCCUGCCCGCCGCCCAACCCGCCUUCGCCUCCGACCCCCAGUGCCGCUCGCUAGUCCAAGACCUCACCGGCAGCACGGCCUCCAUCAACGACCCGAACCAAGACGGCCAGGUAGCCCUGGCCCUGACCAACAUGGACUUUUACAACCGCUGGGGCAUCCACUACCUGCCCUCUCUCGCGGGCGCGCACGCCAGGCAGGUGUGCAACAGCUUCAAGGACCCCGGCCCCCUGAUGUACGGUGCGGACAGCCCGCUGUUCGUCAUGUGUCGAGACAGGCUGGAUGCGGCGUUUGAUUCGCUGCCGGCGCCGAAGCCGAGUAGGACCACGGGGUUCCAGGGCGAGAUUAGCAUGCGGGCGUAUAAUAGGAGUGGAAAUCCUUGCUUUGCUGGGGAGAUGAGGGUGAGGGUUGGUGUUGUUGAAGAUGAGGUUGGGGAUAGUGAUCAGUUGGUAACAAAGGAUAUUGAGAUUAGUGGGCUGCGGAAGGGAAUGAUGGUGCAGACGCCAAAGGGGUCUAGGAAGGUAAGAGCUGUUCUGAAGACGACUGUUGAGAAUGAAAACAUGUGCUUGGUUAGGGCCAAGGAUGAAGGGGCAGGAUCGCUGCUGGUUACGCCGUGGCAUCCAAUUUCGCUUGAUGGGAAGAGCUGGACGUUCCCGAGGGAUAUUGCCCAUGGCGAUACCGUCACGUACACUGGGGAUAUUUACUCGGUCCUGCUGCAGUAUGAUCCGGAUGUGGACGCCCACGCCAUCAUGGUUGAGGGCCUGUGGGGAGUCACGCUAGGCCAUGGACUGACGGGAACGGGAGAGGGUGUGGUGAAUGGCGAUGAAGAUGUGAGGACGCAUCGCUUCUUAGGUGACUAUGACCUUGUGGUUCAGAGUCUGGCCAAGUUGCAGUGCAGCGGAGACGGGUUGGUGAUGGGAGGAGGUGUGAAGAGAGACUGGCAGACUGGUCUCGUCAAUGGGUUUCACAUGAGGCCACAGCCUGUGCCGAGUGGCACCUUGUACCUGCCUCCAAGAAGGGUAGAGUUGCUCGCUUGAGCAGUGAUUUCUUGGGUGGGAAGUUAUCGGUUCAUAACUGGAGUUUGGGAAAGUGGUAAAAAUAGAAGCAUGACAAUGAGCUAGACUCUUGAAAAAAAAAACACUUUGUUGAGUGUCUCCCCGGGUGUCAAGGCUGC